GGCACGUUUAGUGCAUCACUUUUUGUAAUGCAGGAGUUACGCUCCGGUGUUACGAUAUUUAUCAGCCACACAAUUUGUACAACGAAUGGCCUCUGAUGAUGAAUUACCCAAAUGCUGUGGAUCCGGAUGUACCAACUGUGUUCUAGAUCGCAAAACUAAGCUCCGAAAGCUACCCUCCAGUCGACCGAGUCUUCUAGACGACGCCGGCUAUCAACCAUUCCAGUGCACCGCAAUUUCGCAAUGCUCGUCCAAUACCUUCUUGUUCCGGUUUCGAUAUUGGUCUUCAUCGGCAGAAACCACCUCCGAUGAUGCCAGCAAGGAGCUUUCGGUACCUCCCGGGAGUCAUUUGAUGCUCCGGGCACCGAGGGACUGGCGACAAGCUGAUCGCCCUUUCAAUCCCAUUUUUGCUGCAUGGCGGAUGCAAUCGAUAGAGAAGCCACGUGUUCAAGAUGGCGGCGCUAAAAAGACUGUUGAGAAAUACGAUAAAAAUGAGCGAGAUCUAUAUUUUAGUCGACCGUAUACUCCGAUUCGUGUGGAUUCGGAUGCGUGUGAGUUCGAUGUGCUGAUAAGGAUGGAAGUUCAUGGGGAAAUGUCCGAAUAUUUGCAGACCAUGCACGUGAAUGAUGUCUCGGAAUGGAAAGGAGUAUAUACCGGGUUCUUAUGGGUACGCAAUGCGAGAAGGAAUCUGCUAUGUAUUGCCCAGGGCGUUGGAUUAGCACCAAUAUAUUCGAUUUUAUCGACCAUAUUGGAUGAUGAGGACGACGAAACAAGACUGAAUUUGAUCUACUGCUGUCGGGACAUCGAAGGGAUUUUGUUGAGAGACAAGCUGCUACAUAUGAGCGCUUAUUGGAACUUCAAAGCAACCAUUUAUCUCUCGCGGGAAGGUUGUUCAUGUGGCGGGAAAACCACGAGGAGUUGUUCGUGUCUGUCAUCGAAAAUAAAGUACGGUGAGAGGAUCUUGAAUCACAGACUGGAGGAAAUUGACAUAGAAAAUUUAUUGCAUAAAUCUGGUCAGCAGGAUUCGCUCCAGGUCCUAAUCUGUGGAGCAGAAUGCUUCACGAAAUUUGUAGAAAAUUGUUUAGCACAGUUGAAUGUAAGAGAAAUUUUUAAAUUUUAAUAAUAAAUAUGAUAUCCUAAAUCAAACUUAA